AGUCCUACCCAUGCUGUCACAUACGCUAUUGUGGCACAGAUAUAAACAUGAGUCCUCUAUAUUUCUCUAUGAGCUAGCCUAACCGGAGCCAGCUGUGUCAGAUGAAUAGAGAGAAAUAGGGUGUCAUUUGUUCAGAGACUUACACUAACAUUACAAUUAUUGAAUUGUCAUCGAAAUAUUUGAAUAAUGGAUUUAAACAUUAUCCUGUUGCAGCUUCAAACUGACAAUGAAGAGGACAUUGAAAGGCUUUUGUACCAGUACAACGGAGAGAAUAAUCUCACAUUCACCUUUGACCCAAAAGGGGAGGAUCUACGAAGUAGGCUGUGUCAGGGCCUACUGACUGUGCUGGGGAGGCAGGUUGGGCCCCGCUGUCAGAGUACCUGCCUGGAGACCCUCCGCAUUCUGUCCCGAGACAAGCGGGUCCUGGGCCCUGUGGGAACCCGGGAGGGCAUGUUGGUCCUGGCCGGGCUGGCCCGGUUGCGGGGGGGAGCGGAAGGGGGUGACAGCCUGCAGAGGGAGGUCCAGAUAGAGGAGAAAGAGAGGGUAGUGGUGGAGGCCCUCAAGUGCCUGUGUAACGUGGUGUUCAACAGCACAGCAGCGCAGCAGGUGGGUGCCGACGUGCAGCUUGCACGGGGUCUGUGUGCCCGCCUGCACGCCGCCCGCACUGGGCGCCACGAGGUGGGCCUGUUCUCUCUGCGCCUGCUCUUCCUGCUCUCGGCGCUGCGACCAGACGUCCGGGGGGCACUCCGGAGGGAGCUGUGUGCCCUGGGGCUCCUCAAAGAGGUGCUGGAGUGUACCCUGGAUGUACGCUGGGUGGGCCCCUACGAGGUGGCCCCUCUAGACCCCCAGGCCCUGCCCAUCCCUGCUGAAGACAAUGAGAGGGCCAUGGAGGCCCUGAAAGCCCUGUUCAACCUCACGCUGUCUGACACUAGCGACGAGGAUGGUGACCACCAGCUCCGCCUCAUCACCGCCAUCAUGCGCCAUCUAUUGAUGCUAAAGACUCAGGCAGAGGACAAAACAGAGGAAGCACACAGCCACGCAAUCAAUUUGCUUAGUAACCUGCCUGUGCCUUGUCUGGAUGUGCUGAUUGAUGUGCCCGUCCAGGGGGGCCAGGAGGAGUACAGCGGGAAGAACAUGGACGUUGUGCAGGUGCUACUGGACUUCAUGGAGAAGAGGAUAGACAAGCAGGGCGCCAACUUCAAAGAGGGGCUGACCCCAGUUCUCAGCCUGCUGACCGAGGGCUCCAGGUACCACAGGGAGAUCCGCAGAUACAUCAAGACACAGGUGCUGCCCCCUCUGAAGGAGGUCAAGGUCCGCCCGGAGAUCGGGUCCACCAUCAGGAACAAACUGGUGCGUCUCAUGACCCACGUGGACAUGGGUGUGAAGCAGAGCGCAGCAGAGUUCCUAUUUGUCCUCUGCAAAGAGAACGUGGACAACCUGUUGAAGUACGCAGGGUAUGGUAAUGCAGCAGGACUCCUGGUGGCUCGAGGCCUGCUGGCAGGGGGGCGAGGAGAGACAAAGUAUUCAGAUGACGAAGACUCUGACACUGAAGAGUACAAAUCGGCUAAACCUUUCAUCAACCCCAUCACGGGCCACGUGGAGGAACCCAUGCCUAACCCCAUAGAAGAGAUGACUGAGGAGCAGAAAGAGUACGAGGCCCAGGAACUAGUCAACAUGUUCGACAAGUUGUCAAGGCAGCAGCUGAUUAGGCCCAUGGGGGUGAGGCGGGAUGGCUCACUGGCGCCCCUAGAGGAGGCUCUGAGACAGCCCACAACUGACAGCUGCAGCUCAGACUCAGACUAGAGCCACUACCACCCCAGACCCCAUAUACCUAUAAUAGGCUGUGUCCAACACAGUUCCCAUUUCCUCACACCCCUGUCUGUCAGACUGAAGGGGCCUUGCCCCGGCCUUUCCCCAUAGGCUGUUCUGUUCUCUAAAGCUGACUUAUGCCUGACUUGAUACGACACAGGAAAGGACAGGAUUAAGGUCGAGCACAUGUUCCGACCACACCAUUGUUACUACUUAAAUGUAUUUUUAUUUGAUGUACCAUUUCUCUGCUCAGUGUUCUCAAAUUUGAUAGAAUGGAAGAUUAGCUCUUAAUCAAAUUGUACUGUAAUCUGUAUAGAUGUGAAUCACUGAAAGCAUGGUAGCCGGGGUGGGGUUUGACCAAAUUUGACUUGGAUAAGAAAUCAUUCCUUAGAUAUAAUUAUGUAGAUUUUGUUCUUUAUAUGUUUAAAGUGUCAAUAUUUA